AAUGGCAAGCCUGCUUUGACUUCUUGUUACCUUCGUUUUGAUUUGUUAUUCAGCGAGUCCGAAAAUUUCAACGAUUACAUCAUGGAGUGUAAUCGUCGAAUCCAAACCAUGGAGCGGGUUCCAACCUCAAUGGCUAACCAGUCCCCCGAGGAGGAUUCUUUGAUUCAGAACUCUAAUCCCAUGGCCCCUGCCAUCAAGCCCCGACGGCGAAACAAACGCGAGGAAGACACCUGUCUCCACUUCUACGAUGAGCAUGCUAUCCUCCAAGGCGUCUUUCAAGGGAUCAAGAGCGCUCCCAAAGUGUUUGGGUUAGAUGAGAAUACGGGCUCGGACCCGGGGUUGGCCAUCGAAGAUACGAAUCGCAACCUCGAACCUCGGCCCAGUCUCAUUCCUGACGCCAAAUCUUGUUCCACGUGUCAGGUCAAGUUUCAGACCCAGGACGAACAACGCCAGCACUUUAAACUCGAUUGGCAUCGAUACAAUCUCAAGUGUAGUCUCAUCAGUUCACCUACUUUGACGGAAGAUCAAUUUGAAAACUUGAUUCUCGACCAGUUGGACACUCUCAGUUUAUCCGGAUCUGAAAGUAGUCAAGACGAAGACGAGAAUGAUGACAGUGAAGCGGAUAAGGUCUCGACGGAAGAAGACUCCGACCAUGACGGUCUAAAAGAUCCGAAGGAUGUUGAUGAUGAAGAGUGGGAUGAGAAUGAGGUGCGUCAACGUCGACAUCCCAGAAUCUUCUUCCGGGACGAGACCGAUCGUCUCUUUUCCAUCUUGAAAUGUAUUGUUUUCGAGAACAAAGAGGAUCAGAGUGAACUGCCCGAAGAAGAUGUGCUCUCUCGAAUCUCUCGAGUUCGAAGCCAUCUCAAGUGGGCCGUGUUUAUGCUCGGAGGUGGGCAUUUCGCCGGGGCCGUGUUUGACGGAGCCCACGUGGUGGUACAUAAGACUUUUCAUUGUUACACGGUUCGUGCCAAACAAGGAGGAUCCCAAGGGCAGGCCGAUAAUAAAAGCGGAGGUAGUCAUCCUAAAUCGGCGGGUGCGAGUUUGCGACGCUACAAUGAAGCGGCCUUAGUGCAACAUGUGCAGGACAUUGUAGGAUCAGUUUGGCAAGAAGAGCUCAAAACUUGCCAUCUCAUAUUUUUCCGAGCUCCAAGUGGUAAUCGACGAGUUCUAUUUGGAGGUAAGGAUCCUCCAUUAGACCGAAGGGAUCCUCGGCUCCGUAGCAUUCCGUUUGCCACGAAUCGAGCCACUUUCAAGGAGGUCAAACGAGUCCAUGAAGUCUUGAGUACCAUCCAAUGCCUGGGUAAUUAUGAAGAAUUUGCCGUCACUUUGACCCAAGAUCCGCCUAAACCUAAGGUGGUUCGGGAAAAUCGAAAGAAAAAAUCCAAGGGCAAGAAUCUAGCCAUUCACCGGUCCAAGUCGAGAGAGAUAAAGGAGCGAACCUUGCCCGACAGAAUCUUGGAGUUAGCGGAGGAGGUCAGUUCCUCAGAAGAGAUUGGGUAUCAAGACCAUCCUGAGGGAGAGAGUGCUCUGGUCGAAUUCUCUCAUACCCCGCUCAAAAAGACCCGACGAAAGAAGAAGACUCCCAAACCCUCACCUUCUGUGAUACUGGACGUGAGGCAAGAUGUGAUAAUCGAGCCAGUCACGGAUUCCACCAACCAGAUAGAAACGCGACUUAUUACUGCGUGCAAAACCGGUAACGCCCUGAUGUUGCAGGAGGUUUUGGACAAUGAACAUGAUGUGACAUUGCUCCUUAACAAACCCUUUGGAGCCAGCCGGCAAACCUCGUUACAUUUGGCCUCAUGUGCUGGCAAGAAGCCGGUUAUCAAAAAGCUGAUGGAAUAUGGGGCGGACCCAUGCAUGAAAGACAAAGCCAAAAAGGUUCCCUAUUCAUAUUGUGGCGAUAAGGAGUCUCGAAAUGUGUUCAUCCAAUUUAUGAAGCUCAAUCCGAAUAAGUUCAAUUAUGCAGAGAGCGGAAUUCCUCCCCCUUUGAGCGAGGAGGCUGAACAGCGUCAAAAAGAAAAGUUGAAGGCCAAACGGCAAGCUAAGAAAGAGAAGGAGAAGGCUAUGAAGGAAAUUGACAAACAGAAGAAGAUGGAAGAAGCAGAGCGCCAACGGUUCUUAGAUUUGAGUGACCGUGAAAAACGCGCCCUGGCCGCUGAAAGGAGACUCUUGCAAGCUCGAGAAGAAGCCGGUGAAAAUCGACCCGUUCUGUUGCGGUGCUAUCUAUGUGGGAAAGAUAUCACCGGGAAAGUCCCGUUCGAAUACGAGGCUUACAAAUUUUGCUCGAUCAAAUGUUUGAAAGGCCAUCGAGAAAAAUUGCGAGCAACUUCGUAACUUCUGAUAUUGCUUUUUAAUACAGUCACUUUUCCUUGUG